GCGUGACGUUCAUUGACUCGUACAAUACGUCUCCCAGCGCAACCGAAAGCUGUUAAUUUUCUUUCUAAACGUCAGAAGAUGCAGUCACUGAAAGCUUUCCUCAGCGAGAGACUGACAGCUGCGGCGGAGGAAAUAUUUGGAGCUGUGGAGAAGACAAUAGCCGAGUACAAAGAGGAGAUAUCUCGCUCAAAAGAUUUAGAAAUCAGUCGUCUGAGGAUGCAGCUGAAGCUUCUCAAAUCAGAGCCUUUGUUGGACAGAAGCCUCGGAGCUCAGAUGCAGCAGCUCACCCAUCACCACCACCACCCUCCUCCUCCUCCUCAGCACCACCAGUCUGUCCCUGCAGUGGAGCCUCCUGAGUCCCAUCACUGUGAGGAGGAGGAUGAGGGCAGCAGCAUGGAGCAGGAGCACCCAGAGCCCUCAGAGGUGAAGAAGGAGCAGCAGCUGAAGAGCCACAGGGACUUCUGGAUGGCUCACAAUGCAGAGCAGCUCGAAAGCCUCGAGUCAGAUAUCAAAGACUUCAUCUCGUCUCCUUCCAGCCUGAAAAACAGUCUGCAGGACCCCACCUUACACUUCCACCCUUACCACAACAACCACGGCGAGGAGAGCAAGGACAAACCCUACUGCUGCUCUGUGUGCGAGAAGCGUUUCAGUAACUGCUCCCACCUGGCUGCUCACAUCAGGACACACACAGGGGAGAGGCCUUACAGAUGUGAGAUAUGCAGGAAGACUUUUAUCACAACCAGCGCUCUGAACAGACACCAGACUAUACACACUGAAGGGAAACACUUUGUCUGUAAUUACUGUGGCAAAUCCUUCAAGUGGAUGGAGUCUCUUGGCAGGCACAUGAGAAGUGUGCAUAAGAGAGACAGUUUGCCUGACUCUCAGUGAAAACACUACUGUCCAAUAGAUGUUGUCACCAUAUGUUAGUCAUCUGUGAUUAAAACACCUGAAUACCGAAUGUAAUGUCUGUCAUGUUGUGCAUGGACCUCAUCAAGACUUGUAAGCCAGUAAAUUAUGUGCAAAUGUAAAAAUACAUUCACAGACACAGCGUUUUAUAAAUACAUUAACGUAAAUGUAUUCUUACAGAAUAAAAUGUACAUACUCUGG